ACAUCCACUUACUCCAAUAACCUACACAACACCAACACUCUGAGCCAAACUUCUCGCAUUUGACCUUUGUCUUUCCACAUUCACAAUGGCUCUUCAAUCCGUUCUAGUUCGCCCUCACGAAACCGCUGAUCUCAACGAGCUUGAGGUUUUCAUCGAAUCUCUCAUCAACCAGCCUGUCUCUUCUACCGCCUCCAGAGUCCCGGUCUUCUCUUUCAAGACAACGGAGGAGAACGUCAAGUUGAUCAAGGCCAAAUUCGGUAAUGACAUCAUUGUCGAUACUGAAGACAUUUAAGCAAACAUGCACUCGUCAUGCAGCAGCAUCACUAAUGACAUUCAUGAGCUUGGGGUAUAUAAUAACCAGAAUUCGACAGGACAGGGUCUGGUAGUAAGGGAAUAGAGUGAAACAGAAACUCUAGUAACAUAUAAAAUGGAAUAACAUAGAAUAUAUUAAACAUAUCUUGUAUCCUCGUG